GCGCUCACGUGAAGCUUCGGAGCGGAUCAUGGCGGCGCCUCUCGGACGGGACGCCCUACCUGAACACUGGUCCUACGGCGUCCGCGGGGACGGACGGGUCUUCUUCGUCAACGACGAGACGCGCAGCACCACCUGGCUCCAUCCUCGCUCCGGAGAGCCCGUGAACUCCGGACACAUGAUCCGCUCAGAUCUACCUCGGGGAUGGGAGGAAGGCUUUACCGACGCUGGGACCAGCUACUUCAUUAAUCAUAAUCAGAGGAGCACAUCGUAUCUCCAUCCUGUAACCGGACAGAUCUGCCCUGACAACAUGGACUACAUCCUUCAAGAACAGCCACAGGGCGCUCACAUACUGUCCAAACUCACAGCUGAGCAGCUCUCCAGCACCACUGUGAGUGAAGCCUCCACUGCCAUCACCUCCUCCACUGUGGACACCACUUCUGCCCCAAAGUCUUCUCGGUCCAGUGGUAAGGUUCACAGCUUUGGAAAGAGAGAGCAAUCCAUCAAAAGGAAUCCCAAUGUGCCAGUAGUGGUCCGAGGAUGGCUGUACAAACAGGACAGCUCUGGGAUGCGCCUGUGGAAGAGGAAGUGGUUUGUCUUGGCCGAAUUCUGUCUUUUCUACUACAAAGACAGCAGAGAGGAGUCGGUCCUGGGUAGUAUUCCUCUGCCCAGCUACGUUAUUUCACCUGUGGGACCUGAAGAUCACAUCAGCCGCAAAUAUGCCUUUAAGGCUAGCCACACUGGUAUGCGCUCGUACAUUUACAAGCAGAGCUCUGUGAUUGGCUCGCAGGCAGAGCACACUGGAAUGCGAACGUAUUACUUCAGUGCUGACACGCAGGAGGAUAUGAACACCUGGCUGAAGGCCAUGAACCAGGCUGCGCGGAUGCAAAACUACGCCAACACACUCAUCAGACCUUCUGACAAGAUAGAGAAGUUGUUACAUCAGGCUGUUCCACAGACAAACCACGUAAACCACCACAGCAUCACGACGUCAGACUCUGAGACUACAAAAUCAACUGUCCACGAGGUUCUCCUGGAGCCCAUUCAUCGAGAGCCAGAGGAGCUCUGCAGCUUUCACAAAGACUCUCCUGGCAGCAUCAUGCUGGAGCAGCCCAUAGGAGGUACACUGUUUGAAAUGGACACGCACACGUCCCUUCCAUCCAACCCUCCAGUCACUGCCGUCCCGCAUUCAGACAUGUCGGCCUCAGCUCCUGUGUCCAGAGCGCCGUCCCGUGCUCCAUCACGGGCCACCUCCACCUUGCCCUCCAGUGUUUGCACUAGGAACGGCCUCGUCUCCACACCCAGCCCCAUCCUGGAGCCAAAUGGCAUCGCAGCAGGGACGUACCAAAGAGCGCCAGACCCACCAGUACUGGACACACACAAGCAUUUGCAGAGGAGGAGUACUCUGGAGCAGGUGGAGCAGUGGGUCAAAGUUCAAAAGGCUGAGCAUAGAGGCAGCCCCCCAUCCAGAGAGAGCACCCUUCCUCGUCGCACGCCACCAAACCAGCACAAGUACUCCUCCAUGGACACCUAUCAGACACUGCCAAAAAACCCACGCCACAGCCCCCCUCCUGGUAGACAUGGUGAAUACAAGUAUGCUCAGGACCGCCUGAGCCACUUCCGUCUCACCCCUGAUCAGGGGUGCUCAGGGUCCAACACCGUGUGGCAACUGUACGAAUGGCAGCAACGCCAGCAGUACCGCCACGGGAGCCCCACUGCGCCAAUAUACACCCCGGCUCCAGAGUAUCCAUUUGGCCCUCGCCCCCCAUCCACUGUGCCUCCCUCUUCCUCAGCUCCCAGGUCAGAAGGGUCUCCUCGCUGUGUGUCAGUGCCACCCUCGUCUGCAGACGUCCCUCCACCGGGCCCUCCGCCUGGCACCAGCAGAACCCUGUCACCUGCACGGAGGCCGCACACGCCUGCUGAACGGGUGACAGUGAGGCCAAUGGGUGAUAUGUCAGCACUGGACCUCCCCUUCGCUGUGUCCCCCCGGAGGACCAAAUCUCAGAUGCUGAAGACUGCUACUGUAGAGAGGCGCUCUAUGCCACCAUCCGGCUACAUCACACACACAGUGAGUGCGCCCAGCCUUCAUGGCAAAACGCCCGAGGAGCUCACUCUGCUCCUCAUUCAGCUGCGCCGCCACCAGGCCAAGAUGGCCUCUGCACGCCAGCAGACCUUUGCCCAACUGCAGCAGCUCAGUGGUCCCCAAGAGUCCUGCCUCAAAAACCAACUUCUUGCUGCUCCCACCACUAGCACCAGCCUCGUCCUCAGCUCGAACCCCUCUCCUGAGUCCCACCUUGGACAUGUUGGCCUCUCAACUCCACUUGGCCCUUGCAGUACCCAGGCGGAUGACACAUACAUGCAGCUAAAGAAGGACUUGGAGUAUUUGGAUCUCAAGAUCAGAGCUCUAGAGCCGCUGAUCCUCGCAGUUCACAGUUUACUACUGCACUGCACUGCUGGGCCUCUCAGGCCUCUAAUGAACGUAGCUGGAAGUCAGACAUUGAAGGAAACAGGGAAACCUGUGAAAGUUGCAGAAAGCGACGUAGAUGUGAAGCUGAGCCGGUUAUGUGAGCAGGAUAAGAUCCUCAAAGACCUGGAGGCCAGAAUCAGCUCCUUGAAGGACGACAAGGACAAGUUGGAGAGAAUACUGGACGUGUCCCACCAGCAGAUGGAGCAGUACCAGGAGCAGCCGUCCCAUGCCCACAAGAUCGCCUACCAGCAGAGGCUGCUGCAAGAAGAUCUGGUGACCAUCAGAGCUCAAAUAUCCCGACUGUCCACGGAAAUGGCCCAUGCCUGGGAGGAGUACAACAGGCUCGAAACAUCUGUGGAGCAGUUGAGGAUUGCCCUGCAGGCACUUAUGAACCACAGCGACACAUCUCAGCAAGAAAAGACCGAGAUGAAACGGGAGAUGUGGAGGAUCGAGGACGUCAUGGGGGGACUCAGUGCCAGCAAGGCCAACUACAAGAUAACCAUCGACUCCAUCCAGAACCCAGACAGGAAAUUAGUGCCUUCGCUGCCCGACCCAGCAGUGCCUUCCCACAGCGCAGACGUCCAGCCCCCUCCUCGCAGCUCCAUCCCCAGCAUCCUCUCCCACACAUUGCCCCCCAGCACCGUGCCAAAGUGGGCAGAGGACAGUGCCCCACCCAGACCACCACUGCCUCGCCUCUACGACUAUGAGGAGACACCCCCAGUGGUGCCGCCCCUCCCCAAGGAGGCCUCGGUCAUCCGCCACACAUCAGUGCGAGGGCUCAAACGCCAGUCAGAUGAGAGGAGGAGGGACAGGGAGGGUGGGCAGUAUGUUGCAAAUGGAGAUUGUAAGUCGGACUUGAGGUCAUACCUGAGUGAACCAGAACUGCCGGGAAGCAGCCACCAGAACACGAGCGACACGGCCGACUACCAGUAUUACCCGAGUAAAGGCACCAUGUCUCAGAUGAAUCAGUCCAGCUCCAUCUCCUCCUUUGUCACACUAAGGAGGGGUCCCGGCAGCUCUGCAGCAAAGGAAAGACCAAAGAGUGCCUUUGAGCUUCUGUCCUCCCCCACUGAGGCCCCGCAGCCCCCGAUCAGCCAGCCUCGAGGCCGGAUGACCGCAGAGGAGCAGCUGGAGCGGAUGAAGCGCCACCAGAGGGCGCUGGUUCGUGAGCGCAAAAGGAACCUCAGCCACGGCGACCGCACUUGCACAGGCCUCUCCACCUCCUCUGCCAUGCCACAGCGCUCCUCCUCCUCCUCCUCCUCCAGGCUGCCCUCCAGUCCCUCUGAUCCUCCGGCCUCCGUGUUUGAGUGGCAGGAGGAGCGACUCGGAGCAGAGGGUCAGAGUGAUGAAGGCCUGAGUACGUUCAACGACAAGGGCAGGAUUCAGUCCCAUGAAUGGGUGACCGCAACAGCCAGACGGGUACAAGAAGUGGACGUAGAACCUCUGGACUACGACCUGGACAUCAGUCGAGAGCUGUCCAAACCACAAAAAGUUUUCAUCCCAGAGCGAUACGUCGAGUCCGACCCGGAGGAACCUCUGAGUCCCGAGGAGCUGGAGGAGCGCUCCCGUCGGGCGGAGCGCAUCAAGAACCUUCUGGCCAAGUCCAGUGUUCAGAACAUGCAGCCGUCAGCACCGCUGGACUUCAGUGAGCUGGACUCGGCUCUGCAGCUGCAGGAGAGGAUCAUGAGUGUGUCCCAAGCUUUGGCCUCAGAGGCCUCACGCAAGAGCAAACUGGUCGCAGCCAAAGCAGCAGCUGCAGAGCACUGACCCGCAGGAACGACCUGCAGACGUCAUCAGGUUUUGAAGGACGCUUCGUUUGGAAGAAGAACCGCAAUAUUUGUUUUUAUUUGAGCAAAUAACCAAAUUUUCUUAUUUUUAUUGAUGACAUGAAACAUAUUUUUACGUUUUUUUAAUUAAGUUUUGUAGUGGGUUUUCUUACCUUUGCACUUAAAUUGCACAAUUAAUAAUUUUAAUUUUAUUUUUUACCGGCGCUGCAGUUUGCUUUGGUCAUGAGUUGAAGCCAGAAUCAACACGCUCAGAUUGCAGUGAACACGUUUAAUGAUAAUAGUUUUAGAUUAAACAGUUUGGAUUGAGAUGUUUUUCUGAACACUAAUACGAGCGUCCAACCAUCAAUAAACUAAUAUGCAUCAGAUUAUGAAAUAUAUUAAUCAUAAAAUUGUGAAGCCACUAAAUAGUAACUCUGUAAUAGUUCUGUUUUAUUUAUAUUUUAAUUAUUUUUCUGUUCUAAGCAAGAAAAAGUUUGAAUUCUUAUGAACAUUUUGGGUUUUAAUUUAAUAUUGUACUUAUCCCUGACCUGUCUGUUCCUUGGUCUUCAUGAUAUUGUUUGAUCACUGAAUAAUGUACUGACAGCUGUAUUUAUACCGAGAUUAAAAUACACACAUGAACUC